AUGUACAACUGCCAGCUUGAAGACAAGAAGAAAAGAAAGAACCGCAGAGAGAAGCGAGACACUGACGAAAACGAACCAAAGGAGAAGAGGCGAAAGCUGAGACGCAGGAAGCAAGAGACGCCAGGCACCGCGACUGCAAGCAAACCGAGGCAAGAAGCGAAACGACAAGGAAAGGAAGGCGCCCCUGGAGAUCGCCCGAAGAGGAAGAAGAAACUGCGAAAGAUGGGAGACGUCGGCGGGGAAGAGUCCCAAAAAAACCCGAAGCCCAAGAAGCUAAGAAGGAAGCUCGGGAGGCAAGGACAGAAGGAUAAGAAAUCAAUCCUGCAAGACGCCGGAGGAGACGAAUACAACCCGAGGAAGUACAACAAUUUUCUACAUCGACGUCGGGGUGAACAUCAGGAGCUACAAGAAGUGGAUCCUCAACGGGGUGUUCAAUAA